CCUGAGGAAAACGAUUUAUGGGAGCAUAGAAUAAAAAGUACAGUUCCCUUGAGACUCCCAAUUGUUACAAAAUACACUACUGUUGCAACACUCGCCAGACAGCAGCAGCAGCAAAACAUAUUUACAUAAACGGAUGAAAUACAAGUUACCGUCCCCCCCCUAAACAAGUAUUAAAAAUUCUGACGACAAACCACCUUCCUCACAUUCUCUGCAGCGCACCAAUCAUUUCUGCAACAGUCUUUAUGUGCUGGUAUUUAUACGCAUUCACCCCUCCUUACUCAAUUCAUGGCUUGGAGCUUGUCGGGUCAAACCAUUGGCUGUGGAAAGGUGCAACACUUGUCACACGCGUGGAGCUGUAAAGGACGCCCAUCGCCUAAUUGAUUGUAAUCAGAUUUUAUCAGGACGGAGAGGCGGCAGCAAAACAAUCGAGCUCGACAACCUGCGCCGCGUUUCAAUCUGCUUACCAAUCAGCCCUACCACGGUCGACCGCCACCCCUAUUUUGCGUAUGGCCGGGUCCCCCUAUUGCCUGCAAUGGCGUUUUCUAGCGGUGUGAGGAUAGAAGCAGCGGUAUGUCAAGCCGCUCGGGUGUGCAGGUUGGGCAGCUUGCGCAAAAAGAGAAAGGAUGACACAGAAGGGCAACAUCUGCACAGCUAGAAGAUUUUUGUAACACCCUGGCUUUGCGCAGACUACCACAUCACAUGACGCCAAAAGAGCUUUCAUUCACUCGGCAUCAUGCUUUGAAUGAGACGAGGCACGUACUUGUACACUAUUAUGUGUCUAACAACAAAGAUUAAAAUCAGAAUCAAUCCUUGGAAAACGUGAUCUGACAUCCCAGCUAUGCAGAAAGAAGCACCUUGCCCACAAUAAACAUGAUGAAAACCGAGGCUUCGGGAGAAAGGUCCACCCUCCGAAGUGCUUCUCCCCAUCGCAAUGCUUACAGGACAGAAUUUCAGGCCCUGAAAAACGCGUUCGAUCAGCCCAGGCGAGAUGGAGACCCAAAGCCAAAGGAAGCCUGUGAGAAACCUCCACAAGCAAGAGGGAGGCAGUAUGGCUCCAACGUUAACAGGAUUAAAAACAUGUUCAUGCAAAUGGGAAUGGGACCAAAUGAGAACACUGGACCUCCCUCCAAAACCAAAGGGAAAGAAGGUUCCUCCCCUCAAAAGAUACGCAGGCCUAAGCCGUCUGUGGACAAAACGGGUGAAUCGGCUGUGAAACUGCAGGCUACUGUAAGCGAACGGGUUAGCCGAUUCGACACCAGUCGGGAUGGGACUGCUCACUCCAAGUUUUCGGAAACGAGGAAGAUGUUUGAGCAGACUAUCCGGGAGACUUCUCAGUCCUCGCGCUCCUCUUCCGGCAAAGACCGGAAAGGAUCCCAUGAGCACCUGGAUGAGUGGAAGGGCAUGCGCUCUAACCUGGGCAGCACCGACUCCCUGGAUAGUUUGUGUUCGAGAACGGAGGCUUCGUCUCCGACGGUGAGCCAGCUGAGCGCCGUGUUUGAGAACGCCGACCAACAAAACGCAGCGGCUUGGAAGAAGACUGGAAGCAAAGGACUGUGUUCCCCCGAUGGUUCUCAAAGACAGACUGAGCUCAGCGAAGAUGACGUUAGCUGGCAGCAGUCUCCACCGCACCGGAGACAUAAACGCCACGGCCAAAAGCAGGCGAUCCCACUUUCAUCGUCAUCGGAGGACCUUUUAAGCCCCAGUCCUGUGUCCGAAACGGCGGACGAAGGCAAGGGGAUUUCUUCUGUGAGCCAGCAAAGGAACGAACAUGAAAAGGAAAUGGAGUACAACCAAGGAAAUGCCGAAGAUUUCCGUGCAGAUGCUGCAAGUGAUUGUGGUGUGCAGAGACAGAUGGGAGCUGUGGCUGGGUCAGAGGUGGAUGGAGUUUACAGUGAUUCAGCAGUAUCUGAGCCCUCAGCUGGCAAUGAGCACAGAACACAAAUCCCAAAGAUGCCACCUAGUCAGCUAAAUGAACAAGCUGAGGGCCCUGUGCUGGCCGAUUCUGCUUGGGUUUCAGAUGAGCACGCUAAAGAUCCCAGCGAAGGAUAUACUGGGAGUGAGAAGGCGAUUGGCACUUCUGAAAGUGCUAUGUAUUAUCAGGGUUGGGGAGAAAGCUGUACAGAUCCCGAGGAUCAAGCCUGCAGUGAGGAGAACAGCCACUAUGAGCCCGAUUCGGAGAUUGUAGAAAUUCCUGGCUUGCCAGAAGAAGAGGAUGUCGCUUCAAACAGAAAAAUUCGAUUUAGUACAGCUCCAAUCAUGGUGUUCAAAACCUAUUCCAAUGAAGACUACGACAGGAGAAAUGACGAAGUGGACCCAGUAGCUGCCUCAGCAGAAUACGAGCUGGAAAAACGGGUGGAGAAGUUGGACCUCUUCCCUGUCGACCUUGAAAAAGAUGAGGAUGGCCUCGGAAUCAGUAUCAUCGGGAUGGGAGUGGGAGCCGAUGCCGGCCUGGAGAAGCUGGGUAUCUUUGUGAAAACAGUCAUCGAGGGCGGAGCUGCUCAGAAAGAUGGCAGGAUCAAGGUUAAUGACCAGAUAGUGGAAGUGGAUUCCAUAAGCCUGGUGGGAGUUACUCAGAACUUCGCAGCCACUGUCCUGAGAAACACAGAAGGCGUUGUCAGGUUCCUCAUCGGGCGCGAGCAGCCCGGCCAGGUCAGCGAGGUCGCUCAGCUCAUAAGCCAGACGCUGGAACAGGAGCGGAGGCAGAGGGAGAUGCUGGAGCAGCACUACGUGCAGUACGACGCGGAUGACGACGAGACAGGGCAGUAUGCUACUGAUGAUGAAGAUGAGGAUAUGGUCCCUGACAUAACAGGAGGAGACAUGGCCAUUGAAGUUUUUGAUUUACCGGAAACAGCGGACAUGUUUUCUCCCACUGAAAUGGAUGCCACUAAACUUUCCCACAAAUUUCGUGAGUUACAAAUAAAACAUGCUGUCACUGAAGCAGAAAUACAGAAGCUGAAAAGCAAGCUCCAGUCCACGGAGAACGAGAGGGUUCGCUGGGAACGGGAGAAGACCCAGCUGCAGAAGAGCAUCGAUGACAACAAGGAGAGGAUGCUGAAGCUGGAAGGCUACUGGAUCGAAGCCCAGACCCUGUGCCACACGGUGAACGAGCAUCUGAAAGACACCCAGAGCCAGUACCAGGCGCUGGAAAAAAAGUACAACAAGGCAAAGAAACUCAUCAAGGACUUCCAGCAAAAGGAGCUAGACUUUGUCAAGCGAGAGCAAGUCGAAAAGAGAAAGUUUGAAGAUGCAGAGAAAGUACAUCUUAUAGAAAUCCAAGGACUUCAAGCCCAGAUUUCAAACCUCGAAGCAGAACUACUAAAUCUGAUGAAGCAGAGCGGCACCCAGGUGAACAACAACAACAACAGUGCCGAGCGGAUUUCCACCCUCGGGAGGGAGGAGCCAAGUGAAAGUACUGAAGACGCGCUGAGGACGCGUGGAGCUGUUGCCGAUGGUGAUUUUGCCGAGGCGGUGCCCGAGACCGAGCGCCUGGACAGCGAGGCGCUGAAGGCGCGGGCGCAGCUGUCCGUGAAGAGCAGGAGGGGGCGGCCCUCCAGGCCCCGGCCCCGGGGCAGCCUCAGCUCCACUGACGGGGAGGAUGGCCUCGAGAGGAAGACUGCAGAGGGUGGCAGCAGCCCCCUGCACAGCUCCAUGCCUGCGCUCCCUUCGUCGCCGAAGCCCACCUCCCGAGCCUUGGAUCCUGGGACCUCCUCCUCUCCCCCUGCGCAAGGAGGGGGCGCCUCCACAGCUGUCCUGGAAGACUCCCCCACGUCUUCUCCGUCCAGGUCCUGCUCGUCAGAAGCCUCUCCUCUGCAUCAUCCUCAGCUGGACAGAGAAGAUGAAGGUUCUCUGUCUCCACUGAUAUCCAGCCCCUCAGUCGGACCACUAGGGAAAACAAAAAGGAAGCUCAUAGACCUUGGAUCACCAGCGAGGCACAGCCCUGGCAGAGAGAAGAAGGACAAAGAUAGCAGUAGGCUCUCAUCUGGAAACAGCUCCACCGAGCCUUCCUCUGAGAACAGCCCCGAAAAACACAAGGCUAAGAAUGUUGGCUUAAACAAUGACGUAAGUGCUAGCAGUGUGAGCUCUGCAGAUUUCAGUGGCUUGGUGGCAGAACCUAAAAUAACAGGGCGCUCACAUUCCUUGGCUUUGUCAUCAGAUGAGAGUCUGGAGAUGAUAGAUGAUGAGAUACUAGACGACAGCCAUUCCCCAAAACACCAGCAGUGGCAGAACCGAGCUGUUCUUGAGUGGAGCUGCCAGCAGGUCUCUCACUGGCUCAUGGGCUUAAACCUGGAACAGUAUGUCCCAGAAUUCACUGCCAAAGGCAUCAAUGGAGAGCAGCUCCUGCAGCUGGAUGGGAGAAAGCUGAAGUCCCUGGGUGUUGUUUCUUCCCAAGACCGAGCACUCAUUAAAAAGAAACUGAAAGACCUGAGGGCAGUCGUGGACAAGGCGCUCAAGACCAGGGAGAAGCUGGAGAAACACAGGGAGAAGCUGUGGAAGAAAGAGCAGGAGCUGCUGCAGAGGGAAGCUAAGAAAACAGGCAAGACCAGUGGUGGGCCAGCAGAGGGCAGUGCUGAGUAACUUUGACUCUCCAGAACUGCAACACACAGAAGCAGCAUUAAGACUAGACUGGUGACUGAGCAGGAGUGCAAGGAAUAACCCAAUUUUAUGCCAGUAUGUCAGUGUAAAGGUUGACUGACUGCUGUUGAUGCAAAGCUGUCUGGACUGCAGGGAUCCAGUGGGUGGACAUUGACCCCUGGCAUUGCUUUGGAAAUGCACUUCUGAUCUCAUUUGUGGGUUUGAAAUUGUCCGUGAACCUUUCAUGACUCUGUCCAGAUUUGUGUCACCUGGCAAUAAUCUGCUUUUUUAUUAAUUGUAUUUCAUGCACUUUUCAUGAUAAUGUUGGCCUAAUGCUUAACUUCAGACAUAACCGAUUACAUUUUAUAAAGUGAAAAUAAUGAUAUACUGUAGACGUACCGAGAAGCAAAACUGCCCACUGCCUGAGUCCCCUGAUAUCUGGUUACGUACAAAUUCAAUCAGACAAAAUUAAAAGUUGCUUGAGGCUACUUUGUUACUUACACAUGAAGUUUUUACUGUGGACAGAACGUGACCAUUAAUGUGGAAAGGUUAGAGUCAAGGCUGCACAUCAUCUGCUAGGCAUGUCCACAAACCCCCAGCAGGGCCAGAGAAUUGUCUCAGUGCCACUGGGCGGGGGUGGGUCAGUGCUGCCUCAGCAGUCAUGCACACCUUUCUCUGACCAGGCAUUGACUGAGCGGUGUAAGUCGAGCCACGUCUGGGCCCCCAAAUCUCAAAUCGCACCUUUUACUACGUUCAGACUUGUCCUGGAUCAGGGCAGGGCAAUCUGAACCGCCUUCGUCAUCAGCGACACACUGGAAUACGACCUGCCUCAAAACAGAAACUGGGCAUACGAUACGGUAGAAAUGUCUGUAGACAUGGUGUGUCACUGAGGUGUAAGAUGAACAGCAGUACAACUAACAUCUGAUCAGAGCAUAAGAAAAGUUAGAAACAAGAGGAGGGCGUUCGGCCCUCCUGGCCCGUUGGGUAGUUAGAAAUGAAUCAGAGGAUCCCAUCCAGCCAUUUCUUGAAAGAAGCCAGGGAAACAGCUUUAACAACAUGACUGGGCAGCUUCUUCCAGACCCCCACAGCCCUUAGGGAUCAAGAAGUAACUCCUGUUCUCAGUUUUAAAUGCACCUCCCCUGGAUAGUUUAAGCAUUCCUAAUACAGUGCCCCUAUGUCUCAUAACGGACAUAAAUGCAAAUCAGUCACCCAGUUUGUGGGUAGAUUCUCUUGUUUUGCAGCAUCUGACGUCGGACAUUAGACGUUCUUCCAGAGGUGAGGAGCAUGAGCCAUCGGCCAUGUGACAGCAUUGUGACGCUGUCAUUGAUGCUGGUUUGGCAUUAUUGCACCUAUGGUGUUUCAUCUGAGGCGAUUUGCAAACAGCUUGUAAGGACGUUCCAAAUAAAAACAUACUCACUGGUCAUUUCAAUAUGCUUAUCAUGACUCUCAUUGGAUGACCAUGAUCUCCAUGUCAACCAGAGAGUUUCACAUAAUGCACGUAUUGCCUCUCUGUACGCUGUCUCGAAUAGUGCAGUUUCCACACAUUAAAGCUGAAAAAUUGACUCUACACUUUGCACAUACCAGUCAAGGAAUUUGAGACAUGAAAUGUCAUUUCAUUUUUUCCUUUGUCACCUGUUCUCAUGUGAAAGAAAUGUUCUUUCACGCAUUGUGUGAUUCACAAACAUUAACUAGCUGAUUUAGACAUUUACUGUAUCAGUCAUGCACGGUUUCUGUUUUGGGGCAGUAUGCAUUCUUCAUCAUUCCGAUAUUUUUGCAGUCUGCACUGUUUCAUAUUAUAUGAAUUAUGUUUCAUUUUUCAUGUCUGGAGAUCCUUAUUGCUGAAGUAACUGGACAGUUUUUAUUAGACUUGCAUGAAGCACCAAAAAGUUAGAAUCAUGGCUAGAAUCCCAAACAUCAACAUUUCAGAAAAAGAAAUUGUCAAUUGUGCUGCAAAAGUGUGAUGUUUAUUGAAAGGGGAUGUUUAUUUUAUUUCUGUUCAGCUGUAGUCCAUCCUUGCCUCUUUAUCUGUGAAUCCUGAGAUGUAAAUACUGUUUGUCAAACUGCACCUCUUCAGGAUGUCCAUAAGAGUAGUGAGUGGAGACUCUAGUCAUUGUUGUACACAUUGCAUCACAACCAAAAUGAUACUUAUUUAUGAAUCAUCUGAAAUGCAAAUAAACAGCUAGUACUAUAGUGAGAAACAUUUUAGGUUUAUAUUGGUUAAAUUCUUUUUAGUUACAUGAUGUUUCUAGGCAUUCCUGCUUUGUACAUAGAAAAAGCUAGUGCCCCAAGGAAUUUCUUUCAUUUUUUAUUGAGAGACUUAUAUUUUUAUGUUUACUUGUGAUUUGUUCUUGACAAGGUCAUUGAAAAUGUAAAAUGUUUUUAAAAAGUUUUAUUUGUUGUAGCACUUACUGUAUUAACUUCUUAAUCUUUUUGUCAUUAUUUCCUCAUUUUUCAGAAGACAGAUACCGUAUGACUCCAACUGACACAGAAAGCCCUGCUUUUUAAACUGUCACCUGACCAAUUGUCUUCCAGCAACUGGCCACGUGACUGAGAGCAGCAGCUCAAUCCCCCAGAGGAUUCUGGGGAAUGUGGUCCAAACAAGGCUGCCAUCUUGUCUGGACUGGCUGUGCUCUUAGAAUGUGUUAAAGUGAAAGUUACUUAGAAUGGCUUAGGAUCUCUGCAGGAUUGAUACGACUGUGAACAUUUUAGUUUUGAACCAAAGGUAUGGCCCCUGUUUUUGAAGUACAUAAGAUGAGUAGGGCAGGACAGAAAUCAGUUUCUUAAAUCUAAUUAUAGUAAGUCUUAAUUACUUUAAUGUCUCAUUUGUGACAAAUGGUUGAUAAAUAAGGCUUAUUUUCUAAAUGCAGUUUUUGCUUUUUAUCAUUCUAAAAGAAGAAGUGGUACUACAGGAAUGUAAAUCCUAUAAAUUACACUGCCUGGAGACCAUCUUUUCAAAGCGAAAGACAUUAUUGUACUCUUUUUUUCCAAAGAAACACCAAACCUGAAAUGUUAAGCCAGAAAUAUACCAUUUAUAUACUGAGCAUUAGUGUAUAAAACUUAACAAAGCAAAGGUAUAUAGUUCAAAGAUACUGAAAAAAGCAUUGAUACAAGCUUUGUUAGAAAACUGCAGAGGGAAGAACCUGUUUUGAGGGAAUUGUUUCAUCAUUUAAUUUUACUGUACUGCUGUAACUGUAAUUACUUGAAGCCAGCUUCUGAUGUGUGCUUUCAGUGUCAGACAUUUAUGAGCAGACGUAACAAUAAACAUUGCAGAAAAAAACUAUAUCAAUUUUUUUAUGAUAAGGGUUUGUGGAGAACAUUGAUACAAAGCAGGAAACUCUUUGUGAUGAAAGUGGUGCGCACACACAGGGGAGUAGUUUCCUGUAGAUGUUCAGAAAUGUUGUUAGAAUGUGAUUUUUGUCAAAGCAUUCAUUCCAAAAAGCAAUACACAGAUGGAAAGCUCUUUACGUUGUAAAUGUACUGAGGUUGCAGCAUGAUGACUGCAGUUGUGUGCAGUCUGUUCAGUCUGAAUAUGCAACCUGGGAGUUCUGGGGGACAGACAUACAAGAAAGUAACAGCUGCUGUUUCAAAAUAAAUGUUUCUUAACAGGUUUUAUAACUGAGUGUGUACUGUACAUAGCAUAAUGUCUGUCAUUGUUUAUAUAUGUUGCAUUGUGAGUUUUGUAACCAUUUCAAGUACAAUUGAACAGGCAGCUAAAAAAAUGCAUUGGAUGAAAAGUUUGAGUUUCAAACGUUUGAAACUGUUUUUACUAGUUCAUUAUACAGUAAUUUGAUAUACAGUAGAAAUCCCAUCACCUGAAGCAGAGCAUUGGCUUGUUAGAAGUAAAUAAUUUAUUUUCUUAAUUUGUAUUUGCAUGCAGGAAAUAUAGGUGCUAUGUGAGUUCAUUUUCCUUCAGUGUGAUUUACAGUAAAUAUUUUAAAACCCUGCUUGUUUAAGCUUCUGAAA